CGCGCAUUGUCUCUUCCUCAUCCUUCAACCACCUGCCGCCAUCGCAAGGUAUGCUCAGAUCAUUGUCGCUCCACAGCGUCUCGCCUGCUAAUCUGAUAACAGCAUGGAAGCACUCACCGCUACUGUCAAGCAGUUGACAGAGAUCCUCGCCCAAGUCGGCGCCUCGCUGGCUGCAGCAACCCAGAAGCUCGAGCAGACCACCAAGUCUUUGCUGUCAAGCGAGGAGUCGCUCACUUCGACCAAGGAGUUGCUUGCCUCGACAAGAGAAGAGCUCGCUUCUACCAAGGAUAAGUUCGCCUCGGCCAAUCAGUCACUUGCCUCGACCAAGGAGAAGCUCGAGCAGACCGCCAGUGCUCUCACUCAAAGCCAUAUGAACACCAUUGAUGUGGUGAGCCAGACCGCUGUCUAACCAAUCGAUAACGUGGCUGACACUUAUGACAGCUCAAUGCCCAAAUCGAAGCGCGCAACGAAGACCUUGAAAUGGCUAGAAAGGCCAUGG